AGAUUUAACAAUUAAACCGUAUUCUAACAUAAUUUAUCCGAAUAGAAGAUAAAUUGGUUGAGGAAAAAAGAUUUAGCUAGGGACCAUGUCCCUAACCAAGCCUUUAACAACCAAGGCAAGCACAACAACCGAUCUAAGUUCAAUCAAUAUCAUGUUCAAGUUGCCAUUUUCCUUCACUAAGAGUGAAUCUCAAUAAAAAAAAAAAUAUUGAGAAAAUCAAGGCUGAAACCCUUGAAAAAGAGGGAGAAACCUCUAGAAGAGAGGGAAAAACCCUCAUAAGAGAGUAGAGAACUUUCACCUUUAGUCAUCCACCCUAACCACCGAAGGGGAGAGAAGCAGUGACUAGGGGAAAGAAGAAAACAAGAGAAAGAGGAUAAAAUUAGGGUGAGAGAAGGAAGGUGUAACGCUCCUCCCUUAGUCAGCAUGUCCUAAUAUGAUGGAGUUGUUUGAGAGUCUUGGGGUGGAUAUGGAGACAUCUGAUAUGUCAUUUUCAGUAAGCCUGGAUAAGGGACAGGGUUGCGAAUGGGGCAGCAAGAAUGGCCUGUACAGCUUGUUUGCACAGAAAACCAACCUCCUUAAUCCAUACUUUUGGCGGGUGCUUAGAGAAAUUAUCAAGUUCAAGGAUGAUGUCCUUAGUUAUCUCGAAGUACUUGAGAACAACCCAGACAUUGCUCGUAAAGAGACUUUGGAGCAGUUUGUCAAGGCACGGGGUUACUCUGAAUUAUUUCAGAAAGCUUAUCUGGGAGUUGUAAACUUUUCAGCUUACUCUGUUCUCUCAUUUUUCCGAAAUCAUCAUCUACUUCAGCCUUUUGGCCGUCCGCAGUGGCUAACAGUCAAAAGGCGUUCACAUGCUUAUGUCAAUAAGGUCAAAGAAGAGCUUGAGACCAGGGGUUGUCAAAUAAGAACUGGUUGCGAGGUACAGGCUGUUUUGACCGCUGAGGGUUGCACUGUGUUAUGUGUAGAUGGUUCCAAAGAAAGGUUUGCUGGAUGCAUAAUGGCUGUCCAUGCUCCUGAUGCUUUGAGGUUACUAGGAAAUGAAGUAACAUACGAAGAAUCAAGAAUACUUGGUUCUUUCCAAUAUGUCUACAGGUGAAUGUGUCAAAGAUGUGAGACUAACCUUGUGAAUUUCACAGAAAAAUUCCUUUUUUUGCUAAAAUCAUACAUUGUUUUCCUAUAUACUGUAGUCUGUAUUUCUGGUUUUAAAAUGUGAUGCAAAUGGAACAGAUAUACCUCUCAUCUUAAUGAUUACUCAAUGCAGUUCUGCACAAUAAUUUGUUAACUCUUCA